GUUCCACACCCUCGACUGCGACGGGCGGCUGUCCUGAACGUGGGAUGAUGCUGAAUGCUGUGACGUGCAUCCCGUGCUGUUUGCUCCUCUGGUCCCCGGCAUGAGGCUCCUCCCAUCGGUACUGUUAGCGGUGGCGUCGUCCGUUGUGCUGCAGCGAGUGGAUCUGCCGUUGAAGUUGCCAGAGAGCAAGCUACUUGCUAGCACCAAGAGCUGUACGAGGUACAUACAUAUAGUACAUACUUGGCUAUGGCUACAAGAACAGGGUGCAGCCCACCUCCUAUCAGCAUUCUACCUCGGCGCCUUUUGAUACAAUCCGGACAAUGGUGCCUCGUCACUCAUUCAUAUAGGCGUGGACUUGGGUAUUACAUGGAUGGACGGUAAUCGGGCUCGCAACACGGCUUCCAGAUGGGAUUGGGGGCGAUUGAUAACUUCGGCGCCGUGGCCAAUCGAGUUAACUGGUCGCUAGCUGCCGUCGCUUGUUUAAUCGUUGGAAUUCGCCUCGUCUGUCGAGCAACUUUCUCUCGCGGCACAUUUGGCCGCCUCGGCCUCGAUGACCUGAUCACCUUUAUCUGUCUCGUUAUCCUCAUCAUCAGCUGUGCUUUCGCCAGCAUUGGCAUCAACUACGGCCUGGGGCAGCAUGAAGAUACGCUCGACGAGUGGAAUCUAAAAGAAGCUAUUAAAUGGAAUGUCAUCAUCAACGCCGUCCUCAUCUGGUCCUUUUCUCUUCCCAAGUUCGCAAUCGUCGCCAUCCUCAAACGCAUUCUCGAUUAUGGAACCAAGACGACCAUUUUGUUCUGGGGACUCGCCCUCACUAGCCAGGCCUGCUUUCUUGCCACGUCGGUGUGGUGGUUUGCUCAGUGCACUCCCGUGGCCUACCAAUGGGACAAAUCUAUCGAGGGAACAUGUGCGUCUACGAGCACUUUGACAAAGCUGGCUUUCGCGACAUCGGCCUUUUCCGCCUUCCUCGAUCUCUUUUUCGCGCUAUAUCCCGUUCCAUUUAUCAUGAGGCUCAACAUGCCUCUACGAAAUCGAAUCGCUGUAUGCUUUGCCUUUGGGCUCAGCGCCCUGGCAUGUGCUGUGUCGGUCUACAAACUUGCCAUUUUCGAGGAAUUCUUUGACAUGAUGGCCAAGGACCGAACAUAUUCAGUUCCCUAUCUUGAUAUAUUUGGUGUUGCCGAGGGAGCCUUGCUCAUCAUCGGCGCAUCACUACCCACAUUGGGUCCUCUCUUCCGAGUCAUCAAAUGUAAAGUCACGACGUAUGCAAGCAACCAUAGUGCGUCCCAUCCUUCAGGCGAUCGCAGCCAGAGCAAUCCUGGAGGCCACAGCACCAGCUGGCUGCACAAGCGGGGCCACCGCGAAUUCGACGACGAGGAGAAUAUCUCGACAACAGGGAUGCACUCCAGCGUGGAUGACAUCCCCCUCGUGUCCACAGCGAGGCCAGUCGCGAGAUAUCGUGAAGAUCCCUUCAAGGAUGGAAUGUCCAUCGAUAAACCGGAGGGGUACUAG